AUGCGGAUCGGGCGGUUCCGACAACUCGAGGCAAGAGAACCGAGAGGAGGGAAACGUGGAGAGAAGAGACUCUACGCGUCGUCUGUUUUCUCCACCGCCGCUCGCUGUUCCAUGCGUUUUGUCGCUUUCGCCGCCGGUUGCGCGCGUACGCAGUGGUCAGCGGGUUUCUUUAAUCGGUGUGUUACUGAGGUCUGGGGUGUUUAUUAACCCUGCUGAAAUUCGAACUUCCUUCCCGAUGUAUCUUUGCCCAUCCGAUAACUAUAACGUUUACGUCACUUUUACGCGCGCAAUUGCCUUGCGUGUGCGGGUGUUACUGAUCUUGAGGAGCGACACAUGGCUUCCUUGGCAACGUAUUGAAAGCACCUUUUUUGAUAUUUCUAAUUAUAUUAACAGCACUGAGUAUCCAGCGCUCUAUAAUUAUUCAACCGUUUUUAUUUUUAAUUGCUUUCGAGAAAGUAACUUCACUGAUUUGAGAUCCCUUGAUUUAGAAUUGCUUUUUGGACGGCCGAGUUGGUGUUCUUUUUUUUUUGUUGAAGAGAAGAGAGCAGUCGGCUUUCUUCCCCCAGUCAUGGCUGUCUCGUCGCCCCUAAGCGCUCUUUUUUGUUUUUUAACUCCAACCUUGUUUUAAAGUUUUGAGAAUUCUCUGAACUUUUGUCGAUAUUUCUUGUAAAUUCUUAACAAAAUGAAGGGAGGAAGGGAGGGUUGUUACCGAUGAAAGUUCCGGCUUUGUUUGUUAUAAUUUGUGACUAAUCCAAAUGUCUGCCGGGUUAUCAAUUGUUAUAGUUUUUUUACAUUUAUAAUAGUUUAAUAGGAAGAGAGAACACGGUAUCAACUCUUCCAUGGGCGGUUGUUCAUGUUAUCCAACCGCAAAAUACAACUUUGUUUCCAUUAAUCGGACAGUGACGACAGAGCGAAGCCGUGGCUUAAGCCGAGUAUUUUUGAAAGACGGAGGCCGUGAAGGCCUCAUUUCAUUGGCCGUUGGACCGCCAGCCGGUCUGGCCACGGCAUGAACGCCGUUACUUCCUUGUUUAUGGAGUCUCGUGUUUUACUGCGAAUGUUAAAGUUCGUCGCUCUUAGACUGUUUGUGCUCUUCGGGCCCGAUCUCCCGCUCUGAAUUAGCUUUCUGACCACUCGUCCCCAGUCUAUUCAUAUCUGGUUUCCUUAGCGUCGAUCGCAUUUUUUUAUAUUUUCGGGAGAUUUCUUUUGAAUGAAAUAUCGAUUAAUUACUUAUGAAACUGACUUAUUUAGCCGAAUUUGAAAAUGCCGGCAGAAGACAAUUCCUGUCUAGUGGCUAGGGCCGUUCCGGUCCCCGCGAAGAAGACCAUAGAUGUCAUCGACUCGGAGGAGUCUCUGAUUGAGAACAUGAGCAAGAUGUCUGUCAACCCCGAGAAGAAGUUAUCAGCCUCGAAGAGGGUCAACGACCUCAACCCAGCCGAUUUUGUCCAACUUCAAAACCUCAGAUCGAGUGCUCUGGCUAGAAAGACAAAUACUACAACUAAGUUCAGCAAGGACAGCGACAGUUUGUUUGAUGAUCUUCUUUUGAAGGAUACAACCACUUUGAUGAGCAAGAUCAGCCUGAAGAAGGUGUCGGCCGAGAAGGCGACUGGUAAGGAAAACAGUGACAAAAAGGAAAAAAAGGAUGAGAAAGAAGAGAAGGUAAAUGAAGAUAAGGAAUCCAAACAGGAUUUACUUUCACGAGGUCCUGUCAGGACGUCCAGACCAAACUUGCAGUUUCAUCCUUAUGGACAAGUCGGAUUUGAUCAGAACUCCCCUGGCAACUUCUACCCAUCCGAAUGGCAAUACAGGGAACAGCUCUCCAAUAGUUCGACUCCGGAUACCUUCAAUUCUGAUCUUGGAUAUUCAUCCAGCACGAGUCCAUCGCAAGGUUUCCAAGUUCCCGCUGAGUUUGGAAGGAAUGACUUGAAGGGAUUCCUUGCUAACGCUGAGGAUAGUGAGCUACCUGACGCCUUGUCUGACUUUAUUUUAAAAUAUUCUCGAAGAUACACAAACAUCCCUCAGACUCAUCAUAACAUGGCUGGAACAUCAGCUUCAGUUUCGCCGGUCGAACUCAGCCCGAAGUUUGGGAACCGACCAGGAUCGGUAGAGUCGAACUGCGAUUCUCCCAUGAGUGGUGUCAGCGCUUCUCAGUCAUCGCCCGCUGCUCCUCAUGGUGGGAUUACUGGUCCGUCGACACCUCAAAGUGGAUACAGAAUGGGAUGUGACAUGGGAGGACUGAGAACACAACUUCCGAGCACCCGAUUCUCUACCUACGUUAAUAAACAAGGAAAAACAGAACCCCCACACCGUCCUGCUAAAGAUGUGUUACGAAAAUUCAUUCAAGAAGUUCACAGUGACUCUCUCGAUCAAGCUUGGGCUUGGACCUGUAAAUGUCAGCAAUAUUACCCCGGAGCUCUGUGUUAUCAGGAUGGCGACAAAGAUACUCUAUUACACAUUGUUACUCAACACAUGGACAUCCCGAAAAUUUAUGCUCUAGUUGAACAAAUGUUGAAGAUGGAAUAUUCGAGCCAUGACAAACCAUUCGAUAUGCCCAACAAGGAAGGAGUAACUCCUUUAUUCUUGGCUGUAGAAAAGAGAAAUAACAUUGUGGUCGAUUACCUUUUGGAGGUUGGGGCCAGUCCCAACACCCAGAAUGGUCGAUAUGAAAGAGACGCCCCACUUCAUUAUGCAGCAGCCCGAGGAAUGGUCGAUGUUGUGAAGACCAUCUGCUCUUACAGUGCGGCAAAUCUGAACAUGACUAAUGGAAUGGGAUUAACCCCAUUAUUGUGUGCCAUCAAGAACCAUGGGGUUUUUGACGAGGAAAGCAAGAAAAUCAUCAACAAUCUUGACAUCAUCCAUGUACUCCUAAAGUAUGGAGCCGACCCCAUGAUCUCAGUAAGCGUAUUCUACUUAGGUUUUGUUUCCCUACUGAAUUUGAAUUAAUAAUUUUAUUUUCAGGACUCCACCAACGGAAGAACUUCUAUUCAUUACGCUGUUGAUCGGCUCUCAACUGACAUUAUUGAUGUAAGAAAGUUCUUCCCAAGCAGUUCUAAUGACCAUACUUAAGGUAUUCAAAAACAAUGUAGAAGAGAGUGUUCUGACCUUGCUUGUAAAUCAGACCGAUAACAACUGUGAAACCCCUCUAGAGUCCGUCCAAUGCCUUGAAGCCGAAGAGACGCUUAAGCAGAAACUCGGCUUGUCAUUGAUCAUGUGUGGCGCGAACAGCGAGCUGCCAUCGCCCGAUGAUUACAAUUGA